AAAUCUCUUCCAUGUCUUCUUACACCAUAAAAUACAAUACUAUUAUACAUCAUUCCUUCCCUCUCCACUCAAUUGAAACCCCUCUCUCCGCUUCAACCAAACACUCCCUUAAGAAUUGCAAAACUUCGAGUGAGCCAUCGAGUUCGAAAAUCGCUACUAUAACAAACGAACGAGUCGAACCGAGUCAUAACGUGUGGCAUGGAUCCUCUCGAAGCAUUGGUUGCUCAAAUCCAAGGGCUAUCGAGCUCCUCCGCUGAUAUCAAUCGCCUUCAUACAAUCCUGAAACAAUCCGAAGACUCGCUCCGUUCCGACUCAACUCGUUUGUCUUCGCUUCUCUCUCUCCUUGAUCCUUCCCUUCACUCCCUCGGUUUUCUCUAUAUCCUAGAUGCAUUCACCGCUACUUCGAUUUCGAAUCAGCAAGCUGAGGAGGGUGUAGUUCCUAUCAUUAACAACUUUAUCCAUGCUUGCAGUGUAGAGCAAAUUCGGUUGGCACCUGAUAAAUUUGUAUCUGUAUGCAAGAGGUUGAAGGAACAAGUAAUGCUGCUGGAAGCUCCCAUACGCGGGGUGGCUCCUUUGUUAACUGCUCUUCAGAAACUUCAAGUCUCCAGGGAGCAUUUGACUCCCCUGCAUGCAGAGUUUCUUCUGCUUUGCUUGUUGGCAAAAUGCUACAAAACUGGUUUGUCCAUAUUGGAUGAUGAUAUUUUUGAAGUAGACCAUCCACGAGACCUUUAUCUCUACUGUUAUUACGGAGGUAUGAUAUGCAUUGGACAGAAGCGCUUUCAGAAAGCAUUGGACCUUCUGCAUAAUGUUGUAACUGCUCCCAUGUCUUUGAUAAAUGCUAUAGCUGUUGAAGCUUACAAAAAAUAUGUAUUGGUUUCUCUCAUUCGUCAUGGACAGAUCUCUUCCAGUCUUCCCAAGUAUUCUUCUCCAAUCACUCAAAGGAACCUGAAACUCUUUUGUCAGCCUUAUUUUGAAUUGGCAAAUAGUUAUAGCAUUGGAAAAAUUGCAGACUUAGAGGCAUAUGUCAACACAAAUGCAGAAAAGUUCGAAUCUGACAACAACCUUGGACUGGUUAAGCAGGUUGUAUCAUCCAUGUAUAAGCGCAAUAUUCAGAGAUUAACUCAGACAUACUUGACCCUCUCUCUCCAAGACAUAGCCAACACAGUGCAGUUAAAUGGUCCCAAGGAAGCUGAAAUGCAUGUGCUACAAAUGAUUCAGGAUGGUGAGAUAUAUGCAUCAAUCAACCAGAAGGAUGGAAUGGUGAGAUUCUUAGAAGAUCCCGAGCAAUACAAAACCUGUGAAAUGAUUGAGCAUAUUGAUUCAUCAAUCCAGAGAAUAAUGUCACUAUCAAAGAAACUAACUACGAUGGACGAACAAAUUGCAUGUGAUCAGUUGUACUUGUCUAAGGUUGGAAGAGAGAGACAGAGAUAUGACUUUGACGACUAUGACGUUCCUCAAAAAUUCAACAUUUAAGGAUAGGCCACCUGUUCAUAAAAGCUUGUAUGGUGCUGUGAAUGAUGCCUGUUUCAUUAACCUUUUCUUUUUUACUAUUACUUACCUGGGUUCUGUUAGUGGGGGAGUGUUUUAUUUUGCUCCUGAAUGGAUUUUUCCAUCUAAUUGAAAACCUUGUUCUGUUGUGAAUUAUUAUUAUUCAGUGGAUGUCGAGUUAUUGUUUUUACUUGUCAACUACUUAAAAACUUCAUUGCAUUUUUGUA